AUGAUCCAGCUCCUGUUCGUGGUGCUCGUCGCCGAGGCGGCCGUGGCGACGGUGCUGCUCUUCAAGACGCCGCUGCGGAAGCUCGCCAUGCUGGGUCUCGACCGCCUCAAGCGCGGCCGCCGGGCGCCCGUCGCCGUCAAGACCGUCGCCGGCGUCGUCGUCACGCUCCUCGCCUCCACGCUCUACAGCAUGGCCGAGAUCAGCGCCCGCGCCGGGGACCCCGAGGCUGGAGGCGGCGCCGCCCUCUCUCCCACCGACCAGGUCCUCUUCUCGCGCCACCUCCUCGAGGCGUCCCUCAUGGGUUACACUUUGUUUCUUGCUCUAGUCAUUGACCGACUCCACCAAUAUAUCAGAGAACUACGUGGGCUAAAGAAGAAUGUCGAGGCUGUAUCGAAGCAGAACAAAACAUUAGAGGAAGGAAAACAUGGAAGAUCUCAGGAGAUAGCGAAAUACCAGGAAGAGGUUGCCACUCUGAACGAGGAGAUGAAGAAACUGAAGCUGCAAGUACAAGAGAAGACCGAGGAGGUCCAUGUUGCUGAGGACAAGGCACUUGCUAUUCAAAAGCAAUCUGAAAGCUUGCUGCUUGAAUAUGACCGGCUCCUGGAGGAUAACCAACAUCUCCGGGAGCAGCUGCAGUCAAUUGAUCUCAGGCUCUCCAAUCCUUCCUGA